GGAGGGCGGGGCUGGAUUGGUAAUGAGGCUCCUUUGUUUGAGAUGUUUGUAAUCUGCUAGAGUUGAAGUUAGUGUCUGAGUUGGAGGAGAAGACCAUCUUCUUAAUAUUUGUCUGAAAAUGCCUGUAGAAAUGAGGUACGUGGGCUUUACCUGUAGUAUGGUUUCUGCCUUUCUGGCCAUGAAGCCUUCGAUUUAAAGCUUUGAGUGCUUUUUUUUUUUUUUGGCAAAGUAGCUUUGAGUGCUUUUUAGUAGACUCAGUUUUAAUGAUAUAAGGGUUGUUUCAAAGUUUGUGUAGGCUUUGGGAUUUUUCUCGUGUUUGCACAAUCCUGAACUGGUGUUGUGUUCGUUUUGCAUUUGAUUCUGGAGACUAUCUGGUUUAAAUCAUGUACAAUGUACCACGAGAUUAUGUAACCACUUGAGAUGAACAAAAUUAUAUGGCUCAAGCCAUUUCAGUUAAUCAGUGAUCUGACGUAUAAACAUGCUGCCUGUCUCUUGGUCUAUGUUGGUCUAUGCUAUUCUCUUGUCGUAAUGAUGCAAGGCCAUAGUUUCAUCCCUGACAGCAAAUAGCGUAAAAUAUCCACGAUGAUUGAAUGAUAUCAUCAAAUGUUUAGUUUCCCCCUCUCUUUCCCUAUCUGUUCUUUGCAACAUAAGCAGCACCAUUUUGCUGCAGCUGAAUAUUUCCUCAAACUCGCGCUGAUAUGCUUAGUGUUAUAGUAUUGGUUUUCUUUCUGCUAAUGCAUGGAAAUAAAUGGAGAGCGAUAACAGUAACGAUCUUCAUUAUCUUUUGACUGUAUUUGCAGAGUGGGAUGCAGUGGAUGUUCCUGAUGACUAUGAAUGUGAGGUCAUAGAGAAUGAUGCUCCAGUGCCUAAGCACGUUCCCCUACAUCGACCUGGUACUCCCACGAAGGAAUUCUACUCAAAACUAGAAAAGUUGCUAUUGAAUCUCUGAAAAGGCAUCAUCUGCUGUUCCUGUGAUUGAUCGCUCGGUCAUUGAUGCCCAAGGUGAUCAUGCGACGAGGAGGCUUGAGGUCAGGGGGUAGCUUGAUUAAGCGCAGGCUGAAAGUUUGCCAUGAGGAGGAGGAUCAGGAGGCAAUCGAGAAGAGGCUCGGAUACAGCCAAGUCGAGGAUGGCAGGAACGAGCUCAAGCACAUCGUGAAAAUGAUCGAGUUGGUUCCCUGGGGUGUUCCUGAUGAGUAUGAAUGCGAGGUCACAGAGGAUGAUGUUCUCGACUUCUCGUGCCAAAGCAUGAAGAAUGUGACCUGGUCCUCUCCCCCGAGGAAUUCUACUGGCCGGUAGGAAAGUUGCAAGUUGCAACUGAAUUCUAAGGAAGCACCGGCAGGUCAAAGGCAGAGUAGCACACUGCUGGAACGUGCAAGGGUAAAAUUUUAAUGUCAUCUUGUAAUUUUCAGUUUCGGCCACGUUUAAGUAUAGGUAGGCUGUUCCAUUUUAUGAGACGGUGGCUUUCAAGAGCCAUUCAGCUCAAUAAUGUUUGAAACCAAUCAAAGCCAACAAUUUGGGUUUCGUUAGCAGGAACUUGCGUCACUACUCACAAGUGUUCGAAGAAACAAUGUUCUGAAUGUUCUCUAAAGGACACUAUGUUUGGCAACAAGGGGGGUGCAAGUUCGAGGGGGGUACAAGUUGAGGGGUAAAUUGUUGGGGGGUGCAACUUGGUGGAGGGUGUAAGUGGAGGGGUAAAUUGUUGUUUGGAUGAAAAAGUAGGGGGGUGCAAAUAGAGUAAAAAGUAAGUAAUUAUAUUAUUAUAAAAUAAAUUUAUCAAUUUAUAAAAUAUUAUCACAAAAUAAUAACAUGAAAAUUCAAUAUAUAAUAAUAAAAAUAAUUUUAAUAAAAAUAAUUAUUAUAUAAUAAUGCUCAAAUAUAAUUAUUUAUAACAACAAUAAUAAUCAUUGGUCGAGCAACCUCGAAACUCGAAAUCCAACUCGUAACUAGUCAUCCUAACGGGGUUCUCGUGCCUAACUUUAAAUUGAAUAUGGUCAAACUUAGUCAAACACGUUCGAAUCUGUAGGUUUUAACUACUUAUUAAAGUAAAUCGAGUUAACUAAACUGUUCCUCUCUAUCUUUUCAACAAACGCUUCUUAUCUCUAAUUUUCAAUGCAAAUUCGGGUCAAAUAAGAUAUAUCGAUUUGACGAGGCGAACAUUGACAAACUUGCUCUCUGAGUCAAACGGUCAACCCCAAACAACUUCUACACUAAUAUAGAUAUACGAAAAAAUUAAUAAUAUUAAUUAUUAUGUAAUUAUAAUCUAAUUAAAAAUUCAUAAUUCCCCUCCUCCCCCUUCCCCCUCCCUUCCUUCCUCCCCUUGCACCCCAAUUUGGGGGGUAAGCCGAAACAGUGAAUUUACGCUCACGUUUUGCACCCCUCUACUGUUACAAAAUAACCAAACGGGGGUAAACACCUUGGAACUUGUGUUUACCCCUCCAAACUUGCACCCCCUUCCAUUUACACCCUUUCCCAAACAUAGUGUAAAGGAAUGUUAUCUUAGGUUUUUGCUUGAUCAAUUAAAUAUACUUUUUCGAAGCGACUUCUUAUCGAUGAGAACAUUCAGAAUGGUUAAGGCAUGUGAAAAUUUCUUGUUGAAUCCUUUUUGUAAUUCUUCGAGAGAAUUGACGCGACAUUAGUCUUUUAAAGUCAAGCUGGUUUCUAUAUAUUAUACACAAUUUCUUGUACUUUAAUAUAAUGUCAGAAAGUAAGUUGUUCGACUCUGAUUCUAAAAUUGAUUCUAAAAUUGAUGAUUCCCAACAUAUAUUAAGAUCAUGUGAAUAAUAAGUUGUAUUUCUAAUUCUAAGAAUAUAUUGUCUGAUAAAUAUACAUAAUGUGUGCAUUUUGCACAAAUAUAAAAAAUGUAGCUGUUUUGCAACAAUGUGAGAUUCAUAAUACAUUACUUUUAUCUUUUUAUAAGGAUAGACUUUUCUUACGUAUCAACAUGAUGUAUUGUAAGGGGUCAUUUGGAAGUUGUGAUUGUUAGAGUAGUGAUUGUUGAAUACAUGUAUUGUGCACAAUAUAAUGUUUGGAAGUGU